AUGUCAGGAAAAAUUGGGUUUAUCGGUGUCUUCUGGGUUGUUUUCCCUUCCAGGCCGAAGGGCCGCACCCCUAGGGUGGAGGACUCUCCCCGGCCCUCCAUCACGGAUCGCCUGGCGCACCUGUGCGCCUCCAGAGAGCUGCUGGAGUUCUACAGGGGGAAAGUCACCCAGUUUGAUGGAGAACACGAGGACCUGUUGGAGAAGUACAGGUGCACUACAGAGGACCAGCAUAAGCUGCAGUGGGAGGUGGGGGUCUCUGAAUUGCAGAAGGCUCUGAGAGAGAGGGAACAGGCACUGCGCCUGUACUCGGAGAACAACAUACUCAAGAUCAGAGAGCGGGAGGACAGCAAGAGGAUCCAGCACUUGUUAGCCCUGGUGGGGCCAGACAUUGGGGGGAUAACUUACUCCCACAGCGACCCUCCAUUCAAGGUGGGAGGUCGGUCUCCAGGAUCUAUUCUACCCCAUUGUCUUAUGUCACAUUACAUGACUUCGGACAGGGAGAGAUAUCUAGUUGGCCACUUGAAAGACUGUUGUCUGUCUGCUGUAGGUUACCAUAGCCCAGAAGAAACUAGGGCCCAGGAUUCUGGAUCAUCGGAAGACCACAAAAUCAAGAACUGGAUGUGACAAAGGUUGAAAAUGUAUCUCAAGUCACACAUUUUUUAUGUUAUGCGGUGCUAGAAGGAUUUUAGGUCAAAAUCAUUCUAGAUGGCAUUUGGUUAAAAUGUUCUCAAACUACUUAGCUGAGUUACACGAUUUUGCUUACUUAAGAUAAACCAAAGCCCAAGGAGGGGAGCUACUAAAGUCUCAUUAAGUAGGAUUACAGUGGGCUCUUAGCACACAUCAGUUUACAGAAAUGUGGAAUAAUCUGUGUUUGGAGUGCGAUAUUUCUCUGUGCCGACUUCUGUCUGUGAGCAGAGGGUAACCAGAAAUCUAGAUCAGAGGGAGUGGUGAAUGGAGGAAGCUCAGAGCAGUACAGAAGCGCCAACCAGACCUUAGUACUACAGGUAGAGACACACACAACAACUAUUUUAGCUUUGAACACUUGCUGUAAGUUGAAUUGGUGUAAUAUGCCUACCUGUGGAGGUGCUGCCGGCUCAGAUGGAGGAGCAGACAGGUCUGUCCAAAGAGAAGGUGGAGUCUCUGCUGGAGGAUCCAUGUGGAGGAGGGACAGGUCCAGCACCAGAGAGACCAGGACCCCAUCACUGACAAGUGUGUAUGUUCACUAUCUACUAUACUCCUCCACAUGCCACUUUUGCCUCAUAUUCCUCAUACU